UAAUUACAAACGCUAGAUUUAAAUUUUAAAAUUAUUUAAUGUCAUACAUAAAAUUACAAUUUUUCACAAUCAUAAGGCAUAGCUAAAUUUACUGUUACAAUUCAAGUUUCUGUUUGUCAGCCACAAUUUGAGAUUGAGAUUAUUUAGGAACUGGAAUUAAAGUUGAAGUCUACAAGACUAGAAUUAAACUUGUGAAUCACUCGUGUUUAGAGAUAAGGUCGAGUAGAACAGAGUAGCAAUUCAAGUUGCGUUCGACUAUGCAAGUGUCAGACGCAAAUUCAAUGAACGCAUGUGACAUAGGCCCCCGCUUGACGGGACCUGUUACCACUUGCCAACAUAUCAGGACAAAAAAACCACUCAACCAACAUGGUAUAUAUAUAUAUAUAUAUACAGAUCCAGUUCUUGGCAGUAGUCCAAAAGUAGUAGGAUACAAUUACUAAAGCCAAUGAACGAAGUUAAAACAGGACGAGUUUCGAUUCAGGUUGCGUUGGAUUCGACUAUGUUAGUAUCAGACUCAAAUUCAAUGACUGGGACCUGUUACCACUUGCCAACAUGUCAAGACAAAAAACUACUUGCACAGCCGGCACGGUCAGUGUCCAUUAAUUUUUCUGUAUCUUGAUAUUCAGUUCCAGGCGUUGGCAGUAGGCCUAUAGGAGUGGGAUACAAUUGUAAGUAUUUGUUCAACGAGCUUGAGCCUUCAAGUAAAGCAAAAGCCAUUGAACGAAGUCAAAACAGGAUGCUUUACCCAGUCUCUUCAGCAACAUAUGCCAUAGCCGGCAAUCAAGACCUCCUUACAGAGAUCCUCCUCAGAAUACCUGCCAAACCUCUCCUCAAUUUCAAAUUCGUUUCAAAACAAUGGCUCUCUCUCAUUUCCAGCUCCCAGUUCCGCCUCUCUCACUCUCGUCGCCACCGUGACAACGCCUCUCUCACGGCUGCUGCCCUCUUGUUCCACUGUGACACUUCCCACAACCCCUCCGGUGGAUUCCACAUCAUCCCCUUCAAGAGCCAUUGUUCCAGACUCUCUUUCUUCGACUAUCUCAAACACCCAGCUGUCAAAAUCAUGCAAUCUUGCAACGGUUUGCUUCUUUGCCGUUCUUAUGAUAAAUAUCUUUGCUUGAAGUACUUUGUCUGUAACCCCAUUACUAAGAAAUUCAGGAUUGUAUCUUUUCCUCAAGUUGAAGGCUUUGUUUAUGCUGUUAAUUUAGCUUUUGACCCUCUUAAAUCUGUUGAUUACAAGAUCAUUUCAAUCAGGAGAUUGAUAUGGGUAGCUCCUAGAUUUCAUAUUGAUAUAUAUUCAUCAGAGACUGAUUCUUGGAGUGUAAAGGCACUGAGUUUUACUAACGUAUGGUUAAAAAAUGGGGUUUUUUGUAAUGGGGCUAUUCAUUGGGAAAGUGAGGGAAAGAGUUCAUUGUAUUUAGAUAUGGAGAAUAUGUGCUUGAAAGUCAUGCCAAUGCCAGUUCGGAUGCUGGACGCACCUGAGGGAUCUUAUAGUGAGAGCAACAGGUUUUUGGGGGAGUCUUGGGGGCAUUUGCAUCUUGCUGUCACAUACAAGCCCCUCGCUUUACAAUUCAAUAUUUUUGAGAUGGCGGUAGAUUAUUCUGGUUGGUUCUUAAAAUACCGUGUGAACUUGGAAACUGUGAUGAAUGGUUUCCCUGAGAUGAACUCAUAUCCUCGAGAGGAGGGGGGCAAUCAAAUCUCUGCUGCGUGUGUUAUACGAUCUAACAAAGAUGAAGUGUCGAAAGUUGUGGUGUUCGUGAAUGGGAAGGCAAUUUCCUAUGAUUUGAAUGAUGGGACAUUCACAAGCCUUUGUGACCUAGACCCGUGUCCAAAAACUUAUGGUUCUCCAUCGAAUGACGAAGUACUCGAUGUCUAUCAGUACUUUGAGACCCUCUCUUGUGUUUGAGAGGCCUUCUUCUAUUGGAUACCAUAUUCUGCAGUCCUAUCGUGGAUAUCAAUCAUGUUAUAUUAUUUGUGCUCUCAAAUAUGCUUGCCGUCACUCUUGCAUUGAAUAUGUUUGCAGCUGCAGUGGCCUCGAAAGAAUAAUCAUAUAUAUAUAUAUAUAUAUAUUGUCUAUCAUUUAUGUAUGAAAAUAUAACCUUCAA